AUGAGUAAUGAAAAAAUAACAGUGUGGCAUCCAAGGAGCAAUAUAGUACUCAAAGGGAGAUAUGGUCCUCAAAGGAGUGUGAUUGUCAUUACACUCAAAAAGCCGGUCCGCCGGAGUUAUCAGAGCACACGUUCCAACGAUGCCAUUACCAAUGCCGAUUCAUCAUUACCAGAAACCAAGCGCUCACAUAAUCAGGAGACUCAUACAACAUCUCGUCGUGGUCUUGGUUCUGCAGCAUCCGCCAACACAGACGCGAAUCAUCUACCCACGCCCUCUGCUACUCAGCAACAACAGCCCCUACCAAUUCACACUGAACCAGUGCAAGAUAUCCAAGAUCUUGAUCUUGAUGACAUUACUUUGAAGAACUAUCAUCAAGUCAAAAGAUUCUGGCCUCUCAGACGCAUCACAGACCAGCUUCAGCGUCAGAAAUCAUCUAACCACCAGUUGAGCGCAGAGGUGCUUGUUGAAGCAAAGGCGGUUCUUGAAAGUCUUGAAACUUCCCUUCACAUGAUUGCGAUGGUUUCUCAUGUUGAUAUUACUACGUUGAAACGUGCCUUGGGCCUUGUCAGUGGCACAACACAUGCCAAUAAUCCGUGGCAUAGGUGGUUAAAUUUUGCACUUGAUGCCAACAAGUUUCCUAUUCCUACCCGAGGACACCCAGAUUCAGCAGCCAUUCUGGCAAAUCACAAUAAAGCCAACCACGUUGCCUAUAACACACUCACGGUCAACCAACUUACUGUGUUCAAAUCACCAGUUUUCUUUGCUCUUGGUGGCUAUCCCAACUAUUCAGCCAUUUCUUUCUCUGACAACGCCUCUGGAGAUACUUCAGUUCUUAUUCCCGAGGUCCCCAAAUUGAGCGAAGAGGACGAACUUCGAUACCAGCUCAUCUACGAUAAACUAGUCAAUACAAAGAAAGUGGCCAAGGAUUGCGAGCUGAAUACACCUGCAGCCUGUGCUAUCAAUGAUCAUCAAAUGCUAGGAAUAGAUUACUACAUCAUUGCAUGUAGUAAUAACACUGGAGGGGAAGGAUGGUGUCGAGAACAUAGUAGUCAGGAAGAGAUUGUUCAGUGGGUUUCUGACAGGGCACAACUUCAGCAUGUGUUUCCUGUUUAUUGUCAACACGGAUCAAUUGUCGAAAAAGUUCAAGCCGUUGCUAGUCCAAAGAAUGGAACUUUACCCGCGAAGCGGCCAUCAAACAAUCAAUCAUACAUUGACAAGAGGAAUUUGGGUGGGCAGCUCAAUGAGCUCGUACUCAAUCUUGUUGGAAAGGACGAUUAUAAGCCGUUCCCUCGCACACCGAAUCCGAUUGCUUCUCUCCAAGAACGCAAACUGAAGGUUGAAAGCGCUACCAACUCUGCACUGUCUAAAGAUGAUUUUGACAAAGGAUUCACAGGCAUGAAUGCCAAGGCUCGCCGUAGUUGGCUCAGCGAUCUGAAGGAUGGUAAAUUUAAACUCAUGAAGGAGGUUGAAGUUCAACCAAGCAAAGGCAAACAUCAUAUCACUGAAAGCCAAUCUCAACCAAGUGGACCACCUCAUACCACAGACAAUCAGUCAAUUGCUUCCAAACUUCAAAAUUCCCAGCCUUGUGCAUCAAAUUCGCAAAUUCCUCAAAUUCCUCAAGUCAUUGAACAAUCAGGCCAGCCAAGCAAAUCCCAAAAGGCUGAGCUGGCAGCUGAGGCCACUGCAUCUGCGACUCAAGGUACUGAAGGUGAAGGAGGUGCUACCUGUGAUCUUGCUUGA